ACACGCUUUAACUUUUUUGAAGGGGCACCACUCCACUUUGCUAUUGUGCUUUGUGAAGGAGAGGAGUUGAUAGAAACUCAUUUUGGAGAGAAAAAAAAAAUGCCAUGUUCAACAGAGGAAGCACUUGCUAGGCUUUUCUACAAUGCCUCAUCCUCCUUGCACCUCCUCCUGCUCUUCCUCUAUGUCUCCUCCAUUUUUCUUGCCAAAUUCUUCUACUUUGUUGGCAGCAACCCAAUUUUCCCAAGAAACCAGAACGGAGACGAAAACUACGUGUUUUCGGAAGAAGAAGAAGGAGAAGAGGAAGAGGAAUUAGAAGAAGAAAGGCAGUUUCGUGUUCAUGGUCAUCAGAGCUGCACAGAAAAUGAUCAUGAUCUGGUGGCUGACAUCAUUCUUGGCGGUGAAUCACUGAUGUUUUUGCCGAACAGCAACCUUCAGAGCCAGCAUCAAACAACUUCUUCUGAAGAUCAAUUUAUUAGCGCCCGUGAGAGCUUAAUAAUUGAAGACCAAGAAGACGAAUCUUUGCAUGGCUCACCACAAGUUACAGAAUCUGAAUAUUAUGAUCAUGAUGCGGAGGAAAUCCCAGUGAAAGAGACCGUUUUGGUUCGCAAUUCUCUCCAAAAUGAUCAAGUGUGGUCCACCGCUCCGAUAACUAUAGACCUACGCAAAAGUGACUUGCGGAGCAAUGCCAAAAAUGGUGACCAACACAUCAAGCAUCUAGGUAAAUGUGAGAAACAGAACACUGAAAAAAACAAGGCAGUUCAGACGCAUUUGCCCGGUGAUGAAAAUUGUCUAGUGUUUAGGCCACACCAAUUGGAGACAAACAAGUUCCAAGUUCAAGAAAGUAAUGAGGAUGAGAUUUUUGGUGACUCAACUGUUGGAUCAACUUCUAAAAGCUCUUCUGAAUGGAGAAGCUCAAUUAAUUGCAGGGACUCUGCUACAGAAGAUCCAUUUUCUUCGUCGUCCAGGAGAAGCUGCCCCAAGUGGGAGUCUUACACUGUUUUUCAAAAGUACGAUGAAGAAAUGAUGUUCCUAGACAGAAUUAGUGCCCAAAAGCUCCAUGAAACAGAAUCACUCAGGUCUAUUCAAGUUUGUCCAAGAUCAAUUUCGGAGAGGAUAGUUCAUAAAAUCGCCAUGGUAACAAAAAGGCCAUUGGACGUACGUCACAACCCUUAUCAUGAACUGGAGGCUGCUUAUGUUGCUCAAAUUUGCUUAACAUGGGAAGCACUUAAUUGGAACUACAAGAAUUUCGAACAAAAAAGAGCGUCACACGGUGAUUUUGAUCCUGGCUGUCCUGGCCAAUUAGCGCAGCAGUUUCAGCAAUUCCAAGUUCUUCUGCAGAGAUACAUAGAGAAUGAACCUUAUGAGCAGGGCAGGAGACCAGAGAUUUAUGCUAGGAUGAGGCUUUUGGCACCAAAGUUACUGCAAGUGCCAGAAUAUCGAGCUUCAGAAGAUGAUGGUAAUCAAAAGGAUGAAGGUUUUGGCUCAAGAAUCUCGUCAGCUGCGUUUUUAAUGAUAAUGGAAGAUGGAAUCCGAACGUUCAUGAAUUUUCUCAAGGCUGAUAAGGAGAAACCCUGCCAGAAAUUAGCAUCCAUGUUUAAAAGGAAACGAAAAGGUUCAGUUGAUCCAACUCUUCUCCAUCUGACGAAGAAAAUUAAUCAAAAAAAGAAGAUGAAAGUGAAAGAUCUUCGGCGUUCUCACAAAUGCUUGAGAAAAAGAAAGUUGAAGGUGGAGGAAGAGAUGGAGAUACUGAUGGGUCUAAUUGACCUAAAACUAGUUUCAAGGGUUUUGAGAAUGACAGAGUUAAGUGAAGAACAAUUGCAUUGGUGUGAAGCGAAGAUGAGCAAAGUGAGAAUAUUGGAUGGGAUAUAUCACAGAGAUUCCUCACCACUUUUCUUCCCAGCACAAUGACCCACAGCUUGCUUUGAUGACUAGAUCAUGACAUGAAUGUGCACCAGGAGGAGGACUGCACAAACAUGAAUAUCCUCCUAGCUAUAGGUACCCUUUUGUAUAUGAAUACAUAUUAUUAUUAUUAUUAUUAUUAUUAUUAUUAUUAUUAUGUUUAUAUAAUAUGAUGGAGGGAUCCUACAAAUAAAAGUAACCACAUGGGAUUUUGGAGAUUUGGAAUCCAGGAAGGAGAGAAUGUUUAGAGAGAGAGAGAGAGAGAGAGAGAGGAUAUUGGUUGAAGGUGAAAGAUGAGGGGAAGAAAGCAAGGAACAUGAAGAGAUAGAGACAAGAAUAACUUUAGCUUUAUUAGCCUUUUAAAUUAGAGUUUAUCUACAAGGCUGGGAUUUGAUCUGAAUCAAAAGGAGAGAAGACUGAAGAGGAA